CUUACAUAUGAAAUUGGUUCUUACGAUCUGUUGCACUUUUUUGGACGUUAGAUGGUUAUGUUUUUAUGGAAUAUUGUUAUUAUCGUCGUACCGUAAUCAUUAUUACAUCGCACAUCAUGUAUAUUUCCAGAGUUAGGAGUUGUUUGUCACAUGUGAAGGCUCGCAGUAUUUUAUGCAGUUCAAGAUUAUAUUAUUCGCAGCAAACAGUUUUGAAUGAAAGUGAUUCCUAUAAGGUAGAUCCAAAGGUUCUAGCGUUACGAGAGAAAUUGUUAUAUUGUGAUCACCUAGAUUUGCAAAAUCUACGACUGGGAUAUACAAAACGUAAACAAUUGCAAAAGAAACAACAAAUAUAUACACAAUCGAAGAUGCAACAGAAGCUAUUUCAUGAACCUGUGUUCAGCGUGAUGUGGGAUGAAAAGAACAAAAGCAGUUCAAUUGAAACAGAAACCGAUAAUGAUAUAGAGGUAGAAUUGAAAGAACAAAAACCUGUGCAUAUGCCAUAUUCCAGAAUAGAUACCUAUGAAGCCGUUGACGUCUUACCAGAAAAGAUAAAAGAGAAAACACAUGUAUUGUUAAACCAAAGAUACAAGGAUUUAUAUGAAAAACAUUUGGCGUUAGAGGCUUGUUCCAAGAUCAAAAGCAAACGAAAUUUGAAAGAACUUAUGAAAGAUGAAAACAUCAAAACAUUACCAAAGGGAGAAUUGUGGAAAGUUCCACCAACUUGGAUGUCAGAUUUUGAACAGUUCAACGAGACUGAAACCGAUAGAGACUGGUAUAAGAAUUAUGGAACUCCAGAUCCAUUAUCUACAGUCAGUUCCAUACCUUGCGGUGGAUGUGGAGCGUUGUUACAUUGUAAAGAUCCGGCAAUUCCUGGAUAUCUACCAUCCGAAUUGUUUUCACAUUGCAAACAGAACGAGUUAAAACUUACAGUUUGUCAAAGAUGUCAUUUUCUAAAAUUUUAUAAUGCCGCGUUAGAAGUAAAAGUGUCUGUAGAAGAUUAUCCAAAGCUUUUGAGUACUAUAAAAAGGAAGAAAUGCGCAGUUCUCUUGAUGGUGGAUUUGACCGACUUUCCCGGUAGUAUAUGGCCAAAUUUAAAAAGCGUUUUGCAUCCUUUCACACCGAUUUUUCUGGUCGGGAAUAAAGUCGACUUACUUCCUCGAGAUUGCCCGACUUUCUUCGACAAUGUCAAACAGCAGCUAUUAAAUACCGUGCUCGAUGUAACCGGCAUAAAUACGGCGAACGUGACGCAUGUUGCGCUUGCAUCAGCCAAGACUGGUUACGGCGUAGAGGAGCUGAUAAAUAAAUUGCAACGCAAGUGGCGGUACAAAGGAGAUGUUUAUUUGGUUGGAUGUACAAAUGUUGGAAAGAGCUCAAUGUUCAACGCUUUGCUCAAGUCAGAUUAUUGUAAGAUACAAGCUGUAGAUCUGAUACAACGCGCCACGAUAUCACCUUGGCCAGGAACGACGCUGAAUUUAUUGAAAUUUCCCAUUUUGAAUCCGCAGCCACAGAAACUUAUGCUUCGAGCACGAAGACUUAAGCAGGAACAAAGUUUUAGUAUUGACGAGAAGAAAAAAGGAGAAUUACUGUUCAAAAAGACGGGGAAGAUUAAAUUUGCUACGUUGCAGGGAUAUAUAGGUAGAACGUUUACCGAAAGAACGAUGGAGAAUGCGCCGAUUGAUCCUUUCUCAGAAAAGUCGCACAAAUUCAUGGACGGUAAGCUCGGUUUCGACGAGUCUCAACUGGAAUACGCAGAAAGUCGUUGGUGCUACGACACACCGGGUACUAUACAGCGGGAUCAAACACUAGAUUUGUUAACAACGGACGAAUUGUUGUUAACGUUACCCCAGGAAACAAUCGUGCCGAGAACAUUCAUUUUUAGGCCGAAAGAAACGGUAUUCGUGGCCGGUAUGGGACGACUGGAUUUUUUGGAGGGAGACCUAUAUAUUCGGUGUACAUUGUUCACGAGCAAAGAACUGCCUAUAACGAUGUGUUACACGAACGACGCGGACGAGAUUUACGAACAGCUGUUGCAAACCGAAGCGUUCGUCGUACCGUCCAACGAUCCCGAACGAUUAAAAGUAUGGCCAAAAUUGGAGGGAAUGGAAAUGAAGUUGACUGGUAUCAGUAGACACGAAUCCGUCGCCGAUGUUGUAUUAUCGAGUAUAGGUUGGAUCGCAAUCACGCCGCACGAAAACCAAAAUAUUGCGUUGAAGGCGUGGACGCCGCAGGCUCGAGGUUUAUAUCUGAGGACUCCGGCGUUGCUCAAGAAAAGCGUAAUGCAUCGCGGGAUCAAGACAGCAGGAACUCCUCUGUAUUCGUUGGGAAAGAAGAUGUACGUUAAAUAA